GUUCGGCCUGACUGUCCCUCCCCUCUUACUCCCCCCCCCCCCCCCACCUUUUCUUUCAGUUUUCUUGUCUUAGCUUUUGGUCGAUUCUUAAGGAACCGGUGGAUCAAGUUUUUUCUCUUCUUGUUAAUCGCAUUGCUGGAGCACUGACUGACCUCUCUCUCUCUUUCUCUCUCUCUCUCCCUCUUUUUUUUCUCCUCUUUCCUGAAAGUACGUGGUGCCAUUCCUGAGUGACUUUUCCUACUAGACCAUCCCAAGGGGACGAGGGGGAGGGGUAGAAGGAGGAGGAGGAGGAGGAGGAGGAGGAGGAGGAGAGGGGGGGUGUUCCUUCUCUCUCAUUUCUUGGUUUUGUUUAUCAGCCGAUCUGUUUGCAGGAUUUGGGCUCGGAAUGACCCACCUGUAAAGUGCUUUUCCUUCCUCCUCGCCUUGAACUCUGCAGGGGGCUUGGCUUGGAGGGGGCCAGGGAGGGAAAGAGAGAGGGGGAAACACAAAAACUUCUUUCUUUCUUUCUCCGUUUAUCUUCAGCCCGACAUUGUCACCUCCUCUUUGAGGGGUUAGAAGAAGCUGAGAUCUCCCGACAGAGCUGGAAAUGGUGAUGAAUCUUUUUUAAUCAAAGGACAAUUUCUUUUCACUGCACUUUGACUAUGGAAACAGAGGCUAUUGAUGGCUAUAUAACGUGUGACAAUGAGCUUUCACCUGAAAGGGAGCACUCCACUAUGGCAAUUGACCUCACCUCAAGCACACCCAAUGGACAGCACGCCUCACCAAGUCACAUGACAAGCACAAAUUCAGUAAAACUAGAAAUGCAGAGUGAUGAAGAGUGUGACAGGAAACCCCUGAGCCGUGAAGAUGAGAUCAGGGGCCAUGAUGAAGGUAGCGGCCUAGAAGAACCCCUAAUUGAGAGCAGCGAGGUGGCUGACAACAGGAAAGUCCAGGAGCUUCAAGGCGAGGGAGGAAUCCGGCUUCCGAAUGGUAAACUGAAAUGUGACGUCUGUGGCAUGGUUUGCAUUGGGCCCAAUGUGCUUAUGGUACAUAAAAGGAGUCACACUGGUGAACGUCCCUUCCACUGUAACCAGUGUGGAGCUUCUUUUACUCAGAAGGGAAACCUUUUGAGACACAUAAAGUUACAUUCUGGAGAGAAGCCGUUCAAAUGUCCUUUUUGUAGCUAUGCCUGUAGAAGAAGGGACGCCCUCACAGGACACCUCAGGACCCACUCUGUGGGUAAACCUCACAAGUGCAACUACUGUGGACGAAGCUACAAGCAGCGCAGUUCACUGGAGGAGCACAAGGAACGCUGCCACAACUAUCUCCAGAAUGUCAGCAUGGAGGCUGCUGGGCAGGUCAUGAGUCACCAUGUACCUCCUAUGGAAGAUUGUAAGGAACAAGAGCCUAUUAUGGACAACAAUAUUUCUCUGGUGCCUUUUGAGAGACCUGCUGUCAUAGAGAAGCUCACAGGGAAUAUGGGAAAACGUAAAAGCUCCACUCCACAAAAGUUUGUGGGGGAAAAGCUCAUGCGAUUCAGCUACCCAGACAUUCACUUUGAUAUGAACUUAACAUAUGAGAAAGAGGCUGAGCUAAUGCAGUCUCAUAUGAUGGACCAAGCCAUCAACAAUGCAAUCACCUACCUUGGAGCUGAGGCCCUUCACCCACUGAUGCAGCACCCGCCAAGCACAAUCGCUGAGGUGGCCCCGGUUAUAAGUUCAGCUUAUUCUCAGGUCUAUCAUCCAAAUAGGAUAGAAAGACCCAUUAGCAGGGAAACCUCCGAUAGUCAUGAAAACAACAUGGAUGGUCCUCUCUCUCUCAUCAGACCAAAGAGUCGACCCCAGGAAAGAGAGGCCUCUCCCAGCAAUAGCUGCCUGGAUUCUACAGACUCAGAAAGCAGCCAUGAUGACCACCAGUCCUACCAAGGAAACCCUGCCUUAAAUCCCAAGAGGAAACAAAGCCCAGCUUACAUGAAGGAGGAUGUCAAGGCUUUGGAUACCACCAAGGCUCCUAAGGGCUCUCUGAAGGACAUCUACAAGGUCUUCAAUGGAGAAGGAGAACAGAUUAGGGCCUUCAAGUGUGAGCACUGCCGAGUCCUUUUCCUAGACCAUGUCAUGUACACCAUUCAUAUGGGUUGCCAUGGCUACCGGGACCCACUGGAAUGCAACAUCUGUGGCUACAGAAGCCAGGACCGUUACGAGUUUUCAUCACACAUUGUUCGAGGGGAGCACACAUUCCACUAGGCCUUUUCAUUCCAAAGGGGACCCCUAUGAAGUAACAAACUGCACAUGAAGAAAUACUGCACUUACAAUCCCACCUUCCCUCAGAUGUCGACAUACCUUUUAUUUUUGAUUGUUUAAUAUUAUUGCUGUCAUUAAUUCUUAUUUUGUGGAUGCAGUGUCAUUUACUCUGCCUAAUUACAAUAAGGAAGAAACAGAAGAGAGAAGGGACAGGGGAUAUUGUUCUUGGUAACGUGGGAAUUUAAGAGCGGUUCAUUUCUGCCAUGCAUAAAUAUAAGGUAUAUCAUGCUUUGGAAAAAAAAAUCACUUGAUUCAUAUAGGUUCACCUAAGAGAUUCUAAUUUGCCACUGAUGUUCAGGAUUAUGAUUGAAGGCAAGGAAGUUUGGAGUUUUCUGGGUAGAACUUCCACAGUUUAAAGUGGUAUAAGUAAUUUUACUCUUCAAAGAAGAAACUGUUUCAAAAUGUAAACUUUUUUUUUCCUCUAGAGAUCAUGGAACACAAACACAUGUGUUAAUUUCAGUGAUAAUCCUUGGAUGAGUUGUUGUGGGUUCUAUGUUUACUUCCCCAAUGGAAUUUAUAAUACGGUAUGUUAUACACUGUACCAUAUAGCAAAACUUGUAAACUACAGGUAGUUGAGGACACCUACAAUACAUCUGAGGUCCUGUGAUCUUAUUUUUCUAAACUUAAGCACUGUUUUCCAUAGUUUUGAUGACUGGUAUUUUAUAGACACCCUGGCAGCCUUACUUUUAACACCUUUAAUGAGUAGUAUUUUUAUCUAGUUUUAAGAAUAACAUAUGGUCUAAGAGUGGCUAAGAGGCAGUCAGUAGUUUCCAGAAAGGACCUCUGCUUUUCAUAAAUUUGUUUUGGAAGUCUUCUUUUAAAGUUGUAAUGUGAUGGCGGCAUAGUGUACAUAUUUGUUUCUAAAAGUAUGCUUACGAUUGUCACUUUAUCAGCAUUUAAUCAGUGUUAACCAGUCAGCAGAAACAUAUAAUUAGGCUAACCGUAGAAGUAAAAAAACUACUCAGAAAUCCCUUUUCUGGUAUUUCUCUUUUCCCACUGAUUUUUUCAAGCUGUGACCACCCAGUGUUCUAUCCAUAGUCCAUCAUCCUUUACUACUUGAGUAGAAGAUCAUGAAACUCUUUGCUAUAGGUUUUUGCUCUCAAAAUCUUGGAGCAAUUACUAAUUUGACCUGAAUAUGGUAACUUGAACCCCAUAAGGUUAUGGAACUAGGGCUAUUUAUUCUAGUAUUUCUUGAAUAAUAACAUUUACCACUUUUGGUGCAAGGAAAAGGGAACUUCUUUGUAACCUGCACAUUAGACCACAGAUAAAAAAACAGCUUAUUUUUUACACUUUUUGGGGUCUAGAAUGUAACCUAACCUCCAAGCAAAAGUCACCAUGUCCUGCACAGUUUUCCAUCUCAAAAACAUUCAACUACUUAUAAGUCCUUGUCAGAAAUGAAUCUCAGUACCUUAGUAAAAAACAAAACAAAACAAAACAAAAAAAACUCUUAAUCCAUAUGUUAUCAUUUUUCAUGUGCAAAUUUUUUAUUUCAUUUAUAAAAAGAUGCUCUGUUUUUUUAUGUGCAGUCCAACAGCAUUAGAGGGAAGGGAAAAAUGAGAUCAAUUCAAGUCAUUUUGGGGGGACAUACCUGGAUACAGAAAUUGCUGCUUGUGUUGAGGGAGGACAGGCCUGACCAUGGCUGGAUUAUCUGAUAGCCAUUUAUGAGUACUGAUUCUGUUAAGCAGUAACUGAUAACUGCUCUUAAAAAAAUCAUUAAAUAGGAGGCUGAAACUAUGUUUUUAAUGCAGAAUGAUGUGAGAACUAGCAAAAUUAGAGACUUAAGGACAGAGAAGCACAUCCGGCCCCAAUACUGCUCUUGACUCAUCUUCUCAUUUAUCAUCUGCUUAUUUAAACAGCUUCUGAGCACUAACACAGCUAGAGCUGGGCAAAGAUGAUUUUAACUCAGCUCUCCUUUACUCGUUCCUCUUAUAAUUAUUUUUGGAGAAAUGUCCAAACUAGUCCUUUAAAUCUAAGAGAAUGCACCAAAACAGAGACAUGAAACGUUUUAAAUAGAAUACUGUUUUUUUUUUUCCCCUCCUGCAUGCUUUGGUACAUUGUGAACACACAGUUUAUUCAAAGGUAAAGUAUGCUUUUGAGACUUCCUUACCUCCCCCUACACUAACCACUCAAAAAAUUGGAAUUUCAUAUUUUUUUUCCCUUUUGGAGGAAGGUAAAUAAUGUAAGGUUACUGAUUUUGUGUUUUACUGCAAUUUAAGGAAAUGUGGAUGGCAGUGUGUUCAUAACUUUGGCUGUGUGUGGAUUUCUGCUGGCAUCAUCUAUGAAUUUUCUUCCUGUUCACUAUUUGUUUUUUUCAGUGUAUGAACAAUCAUGUGUCUACCUACCCUGGGAUGAAGCUGAAUUUUAGGUGGACCUAAAGAGUUGUGUAGUACCCCCAUGAAGACAGUACUCCUUUUCUGAUUUCAUCUAUUUGAGAAUCUACUUUAUCAAAGGGACAAUAUUUGUGAGAGUGUAUUUGCUACAAGUGUAUACUUGUACUUUCUUAGCUACAUGAUAUGAGGAACAGAAAGAGAUAAAGAUGGCUCAGGGUGUGGCAGGGACAAAUGAGGACGAGGUCAAUUCAAAUGUGCAGGUUAGAAUUUUUGUGGGCAUGGUGCUUUCUGGGAGACUCUAAAUGGCUAUAUUUGCAUGCUUCCUUCUUCACAAAAGGAAAUAAUGCAAGUUGGUAGGGCCUAAAAAUAAAUAUGAGGGUCAGACACCAAAUAAAUCAAAUUUUACAUAACAGUUAUAUGCCCAGUUUAUUUAGGUGAGAUUUCACAUUAGAGUACUGGAGGGGCAUAAAAAUGGGUUAGUCUCUUUCUUCUGGUUUGGCAAAAAUUCAGAAAUUCAUCACAUUGCUUCGCCCUGAUUUUGCCCAGAAAUUUACCUCCAGCUCCUGUUGGAGGUAAAUUAGCUGCCUCUCUCUAAUAGUGGUCAAUCACUUUUAAAAAGCAAUUCUAGCCUGGCUUUUUAGAAUGGCGAAGAUGACCAAUAAGCAGAUUGGAAGAGAUUUCGAGUCGUUAAAACAUUCCGUUGAGAAUUUUCUGGAGGGACAGAACGCGAGAGACCAGGAUUUAGAUUUGGCUACAAAGUAGAAAAUGGUUUUCCUCCAUGCAUACAAGCAAUUGUACGUGUGUGUCAGUGCGUGCAUGUGUGCGUACGGACAUACACACUCCUUUGACGAAAAGUCAUGAAAAGAAGCAAUUAGAGUCAACACAUGUCUUGCAAGAGCACUUAAAGAGUUAAAAUUAGAGUUCAUACCUGAGAAAUUUAGUAAACUUACUUUACCAGAUUGUAUUAAGAAAUAUUAAAGAAGUUAUUAGUAUGUCUUUAGGACUAGUUCAACUAUUAAACUAAAACCUUGGGCCUUUACAAUCUACUUGCAGAAUGAAUCUAAACAAACAAGAAAAGGAUUUUUAAGCUGAUUUGGUAUAACUUCCAAAACGAAGGAAACAAAAAUAACUUUUGAUUAGGAAGAUACAAAAAAAAUGAUUAAUGUUUACGUGUUGGCAAAUGGAAAAAGACAAUAUUUUAGUGAGCUUGAUGUUUUGGUAUAUAGUUACCAUGUCUCAACUCUACACCUCACAAAACUAUGAAGUCUUUAUGAUAUGUUGACAUCAGUGAAGGCAUUUAGAUGAAAAUAUAUUUUAACUGAUUUUCCAAAUGUUAUGUCAUCCUAUCUCCAAAAUGAUUCUGUAAAGUAGAAAAAGAACAGAAAAAGCUGCAAAAAUACAAACAAAAAAAACCUGUAUGCCCCUAGUUUCAAGAGAAAACUUAGAUUAUAAGAGGUACUGACUACAUUUUUUUUUUUUUACUUUGAAAUGUUCAUUGUACAAGAAGAGAUACAUUACAUUUGUGGUCCUCUUUAGUUAUAUUUUAUAUAUUAUUUUUAGUAAGUACUAUCUGUAUAAGAUUAUCCAAAAAAAUUCCCCAAAUGCAAAAGAAAAGAGUAGGGGUGAAAUUAAAAUUUGUAUAUAUGAGAGUUAUCUCAGAAAUGUUUUUAAACCUCCAGUUUCUGCAAAAUAAUUAAAAUAUACAGUAACUGGUAUCUUAAGAUCCUGAGUUUAAUGUAUUAAAUACUUAUAAAAUUUCUUGAUAUUGGUGCCUUUUUAAAAUGCAUUGAGAGAGUGUUGGUUAGCUGUUGUAGCUCUACAAACACUUUUAUUAUGUAUUUUUAAAAACCACUUAAAUUUGAGUACUAUAUAAUACAUCUUCAUGUUCUUAGGGCAAAACUGUUAGAGGAAGUUCCAAUCAGAGAAUUUCAGCUCAUCUGUUUAAAGCAAAAGGAAACUUUGCAACCAGAUUUUAAUCUUAUUAGUUUGAUAGUAUUUCUGAAUACCAUUACAAGAUCAUGUAGGUAAAAUAUGGCAUAGAGGGAAAUUUCAGCUGUGAACUGCAUUAUGGUAUGUGGUUUUGUUUUGUUUUUAAGGAAGAAUCUGUUCUAGUAUCACACAGGCUUUAUUAGUGGAAUUUUGGUCAAUAAAAUACAGUAUUGUUUUGAAAUUUCAUUUAUAGACUAGUGUUGUCCUAGUCUGAGAAUCGGUCUCCUAAUCUAUUAAUGUUUUAUGGAAUAAUGUAAAGAAGCAGGUAAUUAAUUCUCCUUGAACAAAACAAAACUGAAUAGUCAUAUCACAUUGCUAUUCUCCAAAGCAUAAUCUCAAAUGGUUUCCUGCCAUGAUUGUGUAUUACUUGCAAUGGAUGUGUUAGGAUAUGACAGCUUUUAAAAAAUAAAUAAAAAUGAGCUGCUUGUUAUACAAAGCAAAUGUCAUAUGACCAAGAAGCUGUGAUAUGCUAGUGUUUCUUUUUAUCAUAGUGUAUUGCUAGGCCAAAUAAUGACACCUUGAAUAUUUUUAUUACAUUUAUUGCAGUAACCUAAAGUUUUGGGAUUUCCAUAAGGUUUUUAUGUAACAUUAUAUUUCUAGCUUUUUAGUUUUCUCUUGCUGUACUGUAAGUUUGUGAAUAUUUUUCACAUGCACUCUUAGAAAUAAGUUCCUAAUUCUGUUUAUGGGAUUUUUCUCCCAUAACAUUGCAUUUGUAUAUUUUCUGUAUAAAUUUGUUGUGAAUUAACCUUUACCCCAUACAGAGAGUGGUACGUGAAUGACUAGUUUUCUAAGAUGUCCUUUUUAUUGUGAAUAAGAUAUAAAAUUUAGAGGCCCUCUGCUAAGCCACAUAAAACACAACAUAUAACUUCAUAAAGGUACAGAUAAGCCAGUUUGCAGUUAAUUGGG